ACUGAAGCUUUUUAUUCCCGCACUGUACAUUUUCCUCCAACGACCCUGUGGAUUCAAACGUGACAAUAUUUUUUAAACAAACUUCUUUCUCAUUUAACAUUUUGAAACUUUUUAAGUGUUCCUUUUCAUCUUUUCAUUUUCGGUAAAUAUUUUUUUUUGUCACUUUUUUUUUUUUGCUGAUCUAUUCCGGUUGGAUUUUACUAAGGGCGUGUUUGGGCGAUCUGUACCGGGAGUUUCAUCUCCUGUACUCGGGGAGGACUCUGAGGAAUGACAGCGACUGGAACGGGACAGCGAUCCGCCUGAUUGGAGAGAAUGGAUUAUAAAGAGCUCGGACAUCAUUUCGAGGAGAAGCUGACAAUAACAGACAAAACUCUGCCCCUCCAGACGGACCCUCAGUCCAUCCAGAAUGGGGACAAGUCUUCGGGGAAGGACCCCCUGAUGUCAGACGACUCGGCCGUCACAGACCUCUCUCCUAAAACAGACUCCAGCUUCAACACAGAGACCCCCACCAAGACAGAUGCCUCCUCCAAGACGGAAGUCAGGCCGUCCACCCCGGGCAGCGGCAGCAGCCCGCAGCCCAAGAAAGACUCCAUGAACUCAGAGCAAAGACAGAAACUUGCCAAGGAGCGGAGGGAGGAAAGAGCCAAAUACAUCGAACAACAAACUCAGCUGCAAGCUGCAAAGAAGGCCCAGUGGCUGGAGAAGGAGGAGAAGGCCCGACGUCUGAGGGAGAGCCAGCUGGAGGAUCGCAGGAGGAAGCUGGAGGAGCAGAGGCUGAAGACUGAGAAACGCAGAGCUCUGCUGGAGGAGAAACAGAGACAGAAACUAGAGAAGAACAAGGAGAGAUACGAGUCUGCUAUCAAGCGGUCGACGAAGAAGACGUGGGCAGAGAUCCGGCAGCAGAGGUGGUCCUGGGCGGGCGGACUCAACCAAACCUCCCGCAGAGAAAGCAGAUGCUCGGCCUCCACGGUCAACUUGCCGAGACAGGUGGACCCUGUCAUUAACAACAGGCUGUCCAAGUCCUCUGCCACGCUCUGGAACUCCCCCAACAGAACCCGCAGCCUGCGUCUGAGCCCCUGGGAGAGCCGGAUCGUGGAGCGGCUCAUGACGCCGACGCUGUCCUUCCUGGCUCGCAGUCGCAGCGCCGCCACCCUCCUCAACAACAGUGACUCCCACUCUCAUCACUGCUCCCGUUCAGCCUCUGCCAGCCCGCUCAACGCCUGCUCCCACCACCACCCGCACCAGAACGCCGAGCGCUGGAGGGUCUCCUCGGCCAGCACGCCCGACAUCACCCAGAGACAGCGCCGGAGAAACUCCACACCGGUGGACAAGAAGAAGAAGGAGAAGAGAGACAAGGAGAGGGAGAAUGAAAAGGAGAAGAACUCUCUCUCUCAAGAGAAAGUGCAGAAGAGGAGACAGACGACGUCCCCCACCACCACGACCCAGAGAUCCAGACCAGAGACCAGCACGCCGAGGUCCAGAAACAGACCCCCGUCACCCGCCGCCCCCAAAAGUCGUCCCCUGUCCCCCCUGGUGCCCGCGGUGGCCACGAAGACGCCCACGGGCAAGAAGGCCCCGUCUCCCUCUGGCACCAAGACCCGACCCAAACGAGCCCAGACGCCCGCCAGGGUGCAGCCCCAGGCGGUCUCCACAGUCGCCGUGGAAACGGGCCAAGAGACCCUGCAGCCCAAUGCACUAGAGGAGAAAAAAGGCUCGGGGAAUGUUCCUGCCAUCGUGGUCUCCUCUGCCCCUCUCACACCUCCCUCCCUCAGCACGCCUGUUGUACCAGCCGCCUCUCCAGCUGUGCCAAAUGUAGAGCCCGCGGCCUCUGCUGCUGCUGCUGCUUCUCCUGCUGCAGCAGCCUCCCCCAGUAAUCCUGCUCCUUCUGCUACAGCGGCAGCCCCCUCUCCCGCACCAGCCAACAAACCCUCUGCGGGCACCAACAACCAGGAGGAGGCCGCUCGAGUCCUGGCAGAGAAACGCAGACAAGCCAGGGAGCAGAGAGAGAGGGAGGAGCAGGAGCGUCUGGAGCAGGAGCAAAGAAACAGGGUCCUUCGUGAGGAGGCGAUGGCCCGCGAGGUGGAGGAGAGGAAGCGCAGAGAGGAGGAGGCCCGAUUCAUGGCCGAGCAGCAGCGUCUGAGGGACGACGCCCAGCGAGCUGAAGAGGAGAAGGAGGCGCAGGAGAGAGCUAGAGCUGAGCAGGAGGAGAACGACAAGCUGCAGAGACAGAGAGAGGAGGCUGAAGCCAAAGCCCGCGAGGAGGCCGAGCGUCAGCGCCUGGAGAGAGAGAAACACUUCCAGAAAGAGGAGCAGGAGCGACUGGAGAGGAAGAAGCGCCUCGAGGAGAUCAUGAAGAGGACUCGUAAAAGUGAUGCAGGAGAAAAGAAGGAAGUGAAAGCUUCUCCACAAGUCAACGGCAAAGACACGGAGCUCAAUAAAGCCGUAAACCUGCAGAGUCCAGACGCACAAAAUGUCUCCGCUCCCGUGGUAAACGGCGUGCAGCCCGCCGCCCACCAGAACGGCGUCUCGGCCAACGGGGACUUCGAGGAGAUCAUCCAGCUGAACAACGGCGGGAGCACGACCCAGAGUCAGAGUCAGAGCGGGCUGGUCAGCGAGCCGAUCCUGGCCUUCGAGGGCGGAGAGCCUUUCCGGAUGAAAACAGGACCCAUGAAGCCUCAGCAUGUCGCAGAGGUCCUGUGAGUCCCCACACAUCCACGGAGAAGCGCCUUAUGUCUCUGCUUGAGCUACGAGAUUCAUGCCACACCACAGCGGCUUAUUAAAAAAAAAAAAAAACGGAAAAAAACAAACGUGUGCCAAAACAAACAAACAAACCAACCAACUGCGCUGACUUCACAUCCACAGUUAAUCUGCCGCCGAGGACGGAAGAGAAGGAGCAGCGAAAAACACAACAAACUCAUCGGAAACCCGCAGCAACAAGUAUUCUACCACGCCGUGUUCUGGUGCAGCAUUUGUUAUUGUCACAUCCAGAUUUUAUGGUGCACCUUAAAGACGACUGACUGAGUUACAGAUUCUAAAGAAUACAGUAUAAGACCCUGGGAAAUUCAUCAUAUUUGACCAUGGUUGUUAUUAUUACCGUCGUUAAGAUAUUGUUGUUGUUUAUCUUAAGUUGACCUGUGUGUGUGUGUGUGCGUGUGUGUUUGUUGUUUUUGUCUUGAAUUAUUGAGUUAUUUAACAUGGGGAGCAUUGUAAGGACGGGCUACAGACAGUGUAUGUAAAUGUAUAAAGAGCCUGGCUGCCUCGGCCUCCUGUUACAGGGGAUCUGUGAAAUAAAGCUUUAUGAAAAAGGG